AUGACUUUAGCUCUUACCAACGAGGACGGAACCUGGUAUUCAUUCGGCACCGGGAACGGAAAAGAUUUUCAAGGCGCGAAAACAUCCGACUUCACGAAGGGCUGGACGAGACUCACGUCCAAGCCGAUCUUAGCGAUUAAUGAAGCAACAUGGGCCGGCCAGAUGGAGAGCGGCUCCUCCGGUCUCUGGGCGCCCGACGUGAUGCGAAGAACAGAUGGAAAAUACGUAAUGUACUUCGCCGCGCAGGAUAAACUAAAGAUCAGCCAACACUGCAUCGGCGGCGCCAUCAGCGACACCAUCGCCGGCGUCUACCACCCUGUAAACGAUUUCUACCAGUGCAACCGCACCUCCAACGGCGUCAUCGACCCCGCGUGGUUCAAAGACACAGACGGCAAACAAUACGUCGUAUACAAGACCGAGAUCCCCGCCAACUACCUCGAGAUCCGCGAGGUCGCCAACUCCGGGGAGAAAGAAGGCGUGCAGUGGACCGGCAAUGCUGUCAAGCUGCUCAAGGUGAACGGCCAGGGUUUCAACGACGGAAACAACAUGGAAGCGCCGUACCUGUUCAAGCGCGGGGACGUCUACUUCUUGAUGUACAGCACGCAUAUUACUAUGGACGGGAGUUACGACGUGCAGUAUGCGACGUCGAAGAACGUGCGCGGUCCGUACACGCGGAUCAACGAGCCGUUGCUGAAAAGUGGGACUCAGUAUGGAUGCAAGCUUAUUGGGCCAGGGGGUGCGAGUUUUCAGCGUUAUGUGAGUGAUGGCAGCGCGACGAAGGUGAUUUUCCACGGUUUGACGGAUGCGAUGGAUAUCAACAAGCGGGUUGUGUACACGGCUGAUGUCAAGGUUGAUGGGGACAAGCUUUCUAUUCCUUCUUAG